AUGAAGCCUAUUAGCUCCUAUAUCACUGAAGGUCAGAAAAUUAUAAUACCAAAAGGUUUGUCAGUCGAUGAAGAAAUAGAGCUUGCAGUCGUAAUUGGACAAAAAUGCAAAAGAGCCAAUGAAUGCAAUGCUAUGGACUUUGUUGGAGGAUAUUGUAUAGUUCUGGACAUGACAGCUGCUGAUAUAUUGAUACCAAAAGGUUUCUCAGUCAAUGAAGAAAUAGAGCUUGCAGUUGUAAUUGGGCAAAAAUGCAAAAGAGUCAUUGAAUGCAAUGCUAUGGACUUUGUUGGAGGGUAUUGUCUAGCUCUGGACAUGACAGCUGCUGAUAUAAUGGCCCAUGCAAGAAGAACUGGAGGCAGCUGGUUAAUAGGAAAAGGUUUUGAUACAGCUUGUCCAGUAAGCAAAUUCAUUCCCAAAGCUGACAUUCCUGAUCCUCACAACGUACAACUUUGGUGCAGUGUCAACGGGGAAGAGAGACAAAAUGCAAAUACUAGUGAUUUACUUUUCAACAUACCACAUCUGAUAUAUUUUAUGUCGCAAUACAUUACUUUAGAGCCGAGCGAUAUUAUUUUAACAGGAUCACCUCCAGGAAUGGGUCCUGUUAAAAAAGGCGAUGUUAUUGAGGGUGGAAUUGUGGGCGGUACUAGUUUAAGAUUUGUAGUUGAUGCUGAAUGA